AUGCCGCCUAGCAAAGAAUCUGGAGCGCUCAAAGAGCUAUUUCUUGCUAUUGGAGCUCAGUUCCCAUCAGAUGGCAAUUCCUUCCUGGAACGAGCGGUCUACGAUCAAGUCCAUCGAGCUGCCUCAGAAGCUUCGGGCGUGAGCUACAAAGAUGGCAUCGUUGCAGGUCGGCCAUGCCUUUGGUUCUAUCCGGAGAAUGCAUCCUCCAAACAUGUCCUUGUCUACUUCCAUGGCGGCGCCUACGCUUUUGGAUCACCGAUGAGCCACAGGAAACUGACUGCUCAUCUGGCCAAGGCAUGCAAUUGCAUAGCUCUUUCUGUCGAUUAUAGACUCACGCCCGAGGUCUCAUAUCCGGUACCAUUGGACGACUGCGUAGACGCCUAUAAGUGGCUACUGGACAAUGGCUACUCUGCCGAAAAUAUUGCAUUUGCCGGCGACUCAGCCGGCGGCUCUCUGGCAACAUGUGUGCCGCUCGCAGCGAUGGCACGAGGACUCCCCAAGCCGGCGGCAUCUGUGGCGCUCUCUCCAUGCUACGAUUUGACCCAUUCUGGAGAGACCAUGAAGACCAAUGCCAACAAAGAUGUUCUGAAUGGCAUGGAGUUUUGUACCAAAUUAGCUGAUAGAUAUGCCGGGAAGGUGCCCAAAGAUGACCCCAUGGUCAGUCCAAUCUUCGCCGAUAUGAAGGAUUUACCACCACAGUGGAUAUCAUGUGCUGGAGACGAUAUGCUGCUCGACAAUGGAACGAGGCUAGCGGAGAAAGCCAAAGCGGCUGGCGUUGAGGUUGUAGUUGAGAUUCAUGAAGGCCAGCAGCAUGUUAUGGAAUUCAUGGCUGGCAAAGCGCCAGAGGCUGAUGAAUCCAUUGCGAGGAUUGGGGAAUGGGUUAGGAGCAAAAUCGGUUCAUGA